AUGUACAACACCAAGUGCUACGACACCAUCAUCCUCCUCCUUGACUCGGUCGUGCCAUCUUCCACCAACCGACGCGCUCCAGAGCACGUUAGGAAGUUAAUACCUGGCACUAGGGAUGAAAUUGGACCAUGCGCUCCAGAGCAGGUCCUCUCCGACGCGUCCACGUUCAUCUGGAACACCUUCAACCAGCCCAGCCCCGCCACGGUGACCCUCGUCGUCGAGGACAUCGGCGGCGUGGCCUUCACGAGCGCCAACGGGAUCCACCUCAGCGCCCAGUACGUCGGCAACUACUCCGGCGACGUGAAAACAGAGGUUGGCAACUAUCUGAAAGUUUCGCAGGUCACCGGCGUGCUGUACCACGAGACGACGCACGUGUGGCAGUGGAACGGGCAGGGGCACGCGAACGGCGGCCUCAUCGAGGGCAUCGCCGACUACGCCCGGCUGAAGGCGGGGUACGCCCCGGGGCACUGGGUGAAGCCGGGGCAGGGAGACCGGUGGGAUCAGGGGUACGACAUCACGGCGAGGUUCCUGGACUACUGCGACUCGCUGAAGCCGGGCUUCGUCGCGCUGCUCAACGCCAAGAUGAAGGACGGCUACACUGACGAUUUCUUCGCUCAGAUCCUGGGGAACACCGUGCAGCAGCUGUGGCAGGACUACAAGGCCAACUACGCGUACCAAUUUUCAGUUGGCAAUUGGAACGAAUGGCCCACGAAUAUUUAUGACCCCGCUUCCCAUUGGGCCCAAACCAAUCCUCCCGUUUCCUUGCACUCCCUUCGAUUUUCUUUGUUUGUUUGA